CUUGUCUGUUGCGCAUUUUUUUUGUAAUCUAUGCGAUGAGCGGCGCGAAGGUGGAUGCUUUCGCGGUCGGUCUUUCGCUUCGCCUUCGAUGCCGUGUUCGUACUCGCAGUCACGGAUGAUAUUCCAACGAAUUAUACAUGAAUAGCGAUUAUUUAUAAAUUUCAACUCAUAAGUGUUAUGUUAUCUUUUCUACAAGUAGAUUUGAAGACUGAUUUUAAAGUGUUUGUGCUGUGGAUUUGAGUUGGGUACGAUUGGCUACGGUCCCGCAUCCAAAGUGUAAUAUUGAGUGUGUGCCGACGAUUUAUGUGUACAACCCGGCUAAAAAAACAUUUCAGGACCCAUAAAAGAAGAUAGUUGAGCGUGGCGGUGAGGUAGAGUUUGGUCGCAAUGACGACCGACAUAUCGGUGUCCCGCUGGGACCCGUCCAUCGGCCAUGGUCAGGAGAUCAUCGACGAGUUCGAGUACGAUGGCGGCAAUUCGUCGUCGAGGCUAUUCGAACGAUCGCGCAUUAAGGCGUUAGCAGACGAACGAGAAAGUGUGCAGAAGAAAACUUUUCAAAAAUGGGUGAACUCUCACUUGGUACGCGUCGGAUGCCGUAUCAGCGACCUGUACGUCGACAUGAGGGAUGGCAAGCAACUCAUCAAAUUGCUCGAAGUGCUUUCCGGAGAAAGAUUGCCACGUCCAACAAAAGGCAAGAUGCGUAUCCAUUGCUUGGAGAAUGUGGAUAAAGCGUUGCAGUUCUUGCGCGAACAACGCGUGCAUUUGGAGAACAUGGGAUCUCACGACAUCGUAGAUGGAAACCCGAGGCUCAGUCUCGGUCUUAUUUGGACCAUCAUUUUGCGAUUCCAGAUUCAAGACAUCACAAUCGAAGAGACAGACAACAAAGAGACAAAAUCAGCUAAGGACGCUUUACUCCUGUGGUGUCAAAUGAAGACUGCAGGGUACAACAACGUGAACGUCCGUAACUUUACGACCUCAUGGCGUGACGGGCUCGCGUUCAACGCGAUCAUACACAAGCACAGGCCCGACCUCAUUCAGUUCGACAAAUUGCACAGAAGCAAUCCCAUGCACAAUUUGAACAAUGCUUUCAAUGUCGCUGAGGAGAAACUUGGACUUACCAAGCUGUUGGAUGCCGAAGAUAUCGCCGUCGACCACCCCGACGAGAAGUCAAUCAUCACUUACGUGGUGACGUACUAUCACUACUUCAGUAAGAUGAAGCAGGAAACGGUGCAGGGCAAGAGGAUCGGCAAGGUCGUCGGCAUUGCCAUGGAGAACGACAAGAUGAUGCAGGAGUACGAAUCGCUUACCAGCGACCUCCUGCAAUGGAUCGAGCGUACCAUCGAAGCGCUCGGCGACCGAACUUUCGCGAACUCGCUGGAGGGCGUGCGCCAGCAACUUAUACAGUUCGCUAACUACCGAACUGUGGAGAAACCACCCAAGUUUGUGGAGAAGGGUAACCUGGAAGUUCUCUUAUUCACCCUUCAAUCGCGUAUGCGUGCCGCCAACCAGAAGCCGUAUACUCCUCGCGAGGGCAAGAUGAUCCACGACAUCAACCGUGCUUGGGAGAGGCUCGAGAAAUCUGAGCAUGAGAGGGAACUCGCAUUGCGAGAGGAGCUCAUCAGACAGGAGAAACUUGAACAACUGGCUGCUAGAUUCAACCGCAAAGCUCAGAUGCGUGAGACCUGGUUGUCUGAGAACCAGCGUCUGGUCAGCCAGGACAACUUUGGCUUCGACCUAGCGGCGGUAGAGGCGGCGGCUAAGAAACACGAGGCUAUCGAAACUGACAUCUUCGCGUAUGAGGAACGUGUGCAAGCUGUCGUUGCUGUAUGCUCCGAGUUGCAGGCUGAGAGAUACCACGACAUGGAACGUGUAUGCGCGCGACGCGACAACGUGCUCCGUCUGUGGGCCUACCUACUGGAGCUUCUGCGCGCGCGCCGCGCCCGUCUCGAGCUCAGUCUACAGCUGCAGCAGAACUUCCAGGAGAUGCUAUACAUCCUGGACUCCAUGGAAGAGAUCAAGAUGCGUCUGCUAACGGACGACUACGGCAAACAUCUGAUGGGCGUCGAGGAUCUAUUGCAGAAACACGCCCUUGUAGAGGCUGACAUCAAUGUGCUUGGAGAGAGGGUCAAGGUGGUAGUUGGACAAUCCCAACGCUUCCUGGAGCAGGAAGAGGGUGGCUACAGGCCUUGCGACCCCGCCAUCACUGUGGAGCGCAUUCAGCAACUCGAGAACGCUUACGCUGAGCUCGUACAUCUGGCCGUCGAACGCAGAAAGCGCCUGGAGGACAGCCGUAAGCUGUGGCAGUUCUACUGGGACAUGGCUGAUGAAGAGAACUGGAUCAAGGAGAAGGAACAGAUUGUGUCCGUUGAUGACAUCGGACAUGAUCUUACUACUGUGUACCUCCUGAUCUCCAAACACAAGGCGUUGGAGGCGGACGUGCAAGCUCACGAGCCACAGCUAAUGAGUGUCGCCGCAGUCGGAGACGAGCUCAUCUCGCAAGGACACUUCGGAGCUGAUAGAAUACAGGACCGUCUUCGUGACAUCUUGUCCCAAUGGAAUCACCUGUUGGACCUGGUCUCUCUGCGUAAGAACCGCCUGGACGCAGCCGUGCGCUACCAUCAACUCUUCGCUGAUGCUGACGACAUCGACAAUUGGAUGUUGGAUACACUCAGAUUGGUGUCAUCUGAGGAUACGGGUGUUGACGAGGCCCAAGUACAGAGCUUGCUGAAGAAACACAAAGAUGUUACCGACGAACUUAAGAACUACGCUAACGUUAUCCAGCAACUUAAACAACAGGCGGGCACGCUGUCCCCGGUGGACGCGACGAGCGCGGAGGUGGUGUCCCGGCUGGGCGCCGUGGACGCGCGGCACGGCGAGCUGGCCGAGCUGGCCCGCCUGCGCAAGCAGCGACUGCUGGACGCGCUCAGCCUCUUCAAGCUGCUCGCCGAGGCCGACGCGGCCGACCAGUGGAUCGCCGAGAAGGACCGCAUGCUGGAUACCAUGCUGCCGCCCAAGGAUAUCGACGACGUCGAGAUCAUGAAACACAGAUACGACGGUUUCGACAAGGAGAUGAACGCGAACGCGUCCCGUGUGGCCGUAGUGAACCAGUUGGCGCGACAGCUCAUUCACGUGGAGCACCCGCAGGCGGCGCGCAUACAGGAGAGGCAGGCCGCGCUCAACUCCGCAUGGAGCGCGCUCAGGGAGAAGGCGGAAGGAAAGAAGGACGAGCUGAAAUCUGCCCAGGGAGUGCAGACCUUCCACAUCGAAUGCCGCGAGACCGUCUCUUGGAUCGAAGACAAGAAGAGGAUCUUGCAACAGACCGACAACUUGGAGAUGGAUCUCAACGGUGUAAUGACCCUACAGCGUCGCCUGUCCGGUAUGGAACGCGACCUCGCCGCCAUUCAGGCGCGCAUCUCCUCGCUGGAGAGCGAGGCCAGCGCCAUCGAAGGGGACCAUCCCGAGGAGGCCCAGCUCAUACGCGACCGCGUCACCAUGAUUACAGAGAACUGGGAACAACUUACACAGAUGCUCAAAGAACGCGACGCGAAGUUGGAGGAGGCUGGCGAUUUGCACCGCUUCCUUCGCUCUGUGGACCACUUCCAGGCCUGGCUCACCAAGACACAGACCGACGUCGCUUCCGAGGACACGCCAUCAAACUUGGCGGAGGCGGAGAAGCUGCUGUCUCAGCACCAGACCAUCAAGGAGGAGAUCGACAAUUACAAGGACGAGUACGCCAAGAUGAUGGAGUAUGGAGAGAAGAUCACUGCCGAACCGUCGACGCAAGACGACCCGCAGUACAUGUUCCUGCGCGAGCGGCUGAAGGCGCUCCGCGAGGGCUGGGCCGAGCUACAGCAGAUGUGGGAGAACCGACAGCAGCUCCUCGCACAGAGUCUCGAGCUGCAGCUGCUGCAGCGCGACGCGCGGCAGGCUGAGGUCCUGUUGGCACACCAGGAGCACAGGCUAGGCAAGACCGAGCCACCGACCAACCUGGAGCAGGCCGAGAACAUGAUCAAGGAGCACGAGGCUUUCCUCACCACCAUGGAGGCCAACGACGACAAGAUAAACUCCGUUGUGCAGUUCGCCAACCGCCUCGUCGAGGAGAGACACUUCGACGCCGACAAGAUCCAGCGCAAGGCUGAGAACAUUGACGCCAGGCGCAAUGCUAACCGAGAGAAGGCACUCCAGCAGAUGGAGAAACUCCAAGACCAACUACAGCUGCACCAGUUCCUGCAGGACUGCGACGAGCUCGGCGAGUGGGUGCAGGAGAAGAACGUCACUGCACAGGACGACACCUACCGCUCUGCCAAGACAAUCCACUCCAAGUGGACCCGCCAUCAAGCCUUCGAAGCAGAGAUCGCGGCCAAUAAGGAACGCCUGUUCGCCGUACAAAAUGCUGCUGAAGAACUCAUGAAGCAGAAACCCGAGUUUGUCGAAAUCAUCUCCCCGAAAAUGUCCGAACUGCAAGAUCAGUUUGAGAACCUGCAGACUACAACUAAGGAGAAGGGAGAACGCCUAUUUGACGCUAACCGUGAAGUUCUGCUGCACCAGACUUGCGACGAUAUCGACUCGUGGAUGAACGAACUCGAGAAACAAAUCGAGAACACCGACACCGGCACUGAUCUGGCAUCUGUGAACAUUCUCAUGCAGAAGCAACAGAUGAUCGAGACACAGAUGGCCGUUAAAGCCAAACAAGUCACCGAACUGGAGACUCAGGCUGAAUACUUGCAGAAGACUGUCCCGGACAAGAUGGACGAAAUCAAGGAGAAGAAGAAGUCGGUGGAACAGCGUUUCGAACAGUUGAAGGCCCCGUUGUUGGAUCGUCAGCGUCAGCUGGCCAAGAAGAAGGAAGCCUUCCAAUUCCGCCGCGACGUCGAGGAUGAGAAGCUGUGGGUGCACGAAAAGAUGCCACAAGCCACUACUACAGACUACGGCAACUCUCUGUUCAUCGUGCAGAUGUUGCAGAAGAAGAACCAGUCGUUGAAGACUGAGACUGACAACCACGAGCCAAGGAUUCUCACUGUAAUCUCUAAUGGACAGAAGCUGAUUGACGAGGGACACGAGGAUACGCCUGAGUUCAAGCAGCUUAUUGAAGAACUUACUGCGAGGUGGCGAGAACUGAAAGAUGCCAUCGAAGAACGCAAGAACAAACUGUCCCAAUGGGAGAAGGCACAGCAAUAUCUAUUCGACGCGAAUGAAGCGGAAGCUUGGAUGAGUGAACAAGAGCUGUACAUGAUGGUGGAGGACCGAGGCAAGGACGAAAUCUCAGCGCAGAAUUUGAUGAAGAAGCAUGAGAUUUUGGAACAGGCUGUCGAUGACUACGCGCAUACUAUCAGGCAGCUUGGCGAGACUGUACGACACCUCACUGCAGAUGAACAUCCGCUCAGCGAGCAGAUCUCAGUGAAGCAGUCACAAGUGGAUAAGCUGUACGCUGGUCUAAAGGACCUGGCUGGCGAGAGACGCGCCAAGUUGGAUGAGGCUCUGCGCCUAUUCCAGCUGUCUAGGGAGGUUGACGACCUCGAGCAAUGGAUCACCGAGAGAGAGCUCGUCGCCAGUUCACAGGAACUUGGACAGGACUACGAUCACGUUACCUUAUUAUGGGAGCGCUUCAAAGAAUUCGCCCGCGAGACUCAAGCGGUGGGCUCCGAGCGCGUGGCCACGGCGGAACGUAUUGCCGACCAGAUGAUCGCAAUGGGACACUCUGACAACGCAACCAUUGCUCAAUGGAAGGAGGGACUCAAGGAGACCUGGCAAGAUCUGCUCGAGCUCAUUGAGACCAGGACACAGAUGUUGGCAGCUUCCCGCGAGCUCCACAAAUACUUCCACGACUGCAAGGACACGCUGCAACGCGUCAACGAGAAGGCGCGCGGCGUCAGCGAUGAACUUGGCAGGGACGCUAUCAGCGUCGGGGCACUGCAGCGGAAACAUCAUAACUUCAUGCAGGACCUCAGCACUCUGCACCAACAGGUUGAAGCAAUCCGCACGGAGUGUGGUCGGCUGGGCGCGAUGUACGCGGGCGAGAAGGCGGCGGAGAUCACGCGGCGCGAGGCGGAGGUCCGCGAGGCGUGGGCCGCGCUGUCGGCCGCGUGCGCGGCGCGGACCGCCAAGCUGGAGGACGCGGACCACCUGUACCGGUUCCUCAACCAAGUGCGCACGCUCACGCUCUGGAUGGACGACGUCGUGCGACAGAUGAACACCGGGGAGAAGCCGCGUGACGUCAGCGGCGUAGAACUCCUAAUGAACAACCACCAAUCUCUGAAGGCUGAGAUUGACACCCGCGAGGACAAUUUCUCAGCUUGCAUCUCCCUUGGUCGCGAACUGUUAGCCCGACAACAUUACGCGUCCGCCGACAUUAAGGAGAAGUUACUACAACUGACCAACCAACGCAACGCAUUGUUACGCCGCUGGGAAGAACGCUGGGAGAACCUUCAACUUAUCCUGGAGGUGUACCAGUUUGCCCGCGAUGCUGCAGUGGCGGAGGCCUGGCUCAUAGCACAGGAGCCCUACCUAAUGUCUCAAGAGUUAGGUCACACUAUCGACGAAGUAGAGUCUCUCAUUAAGAAACACGAGGCCUUCGAGAAGUCUGCCGCAGCACAAGAGGACCGCUUCUCAGCCCUACAGAGGCUCACAACCUUCGAGGUGAAGGAGAGGAAGCGGCGGCAGGAGGCGGCGGAGGCGGCGGAGCGCGAGCAGAGAGAGCGCGAGGCCGCCGAGGCUGCCGCCGCCGCCGCCGCCGCGCAGGACGCCGUCGACCGCGCCGACACGCCGCAGGAACAACCCGCGCAAGAGUUGGGCGAGCCGUCCCCCGCUACACCCCCCGCCACCCCCGCGACCCCCGCGGCUUCCGCGGUCGCAGUCACCGAGACCGACUCCCCGCCCCGACCCUCGACCUCAAAACAGACGCCCGCCAAACCUGCUCGCCUCUCCACUCCCGGGACGAGUUCGACGCCAGCCACGCCGUCUAGUUCCGGUAAGGUGAAGUCGCGGUCACGAAGCAAGUCGCCGUUCAGGAGUUUCCGAUGGCGUACGGCGAAGAAACUGCUCGCCGGAUCUCAUCAUAGCGACGAUGAAGAGGGUGCUAGUCCCGCGAGUGAGGACGAGGGCGUAGAGGGAACAUUGGUGCGCAAACACGAGUGGGAGUCCGCAGCCAAACGAGCUUCCAACAGAUCAUGGGACAAAGUGUACGUGGUGGCGAAGGACGGUCGCAUGGCGUUCUACAAAGACCAGAAGGCGUACAAGGCAUCACCCGACGCGCACUGGCGCGGCGAGGCACCGCUCGACCUUAAUGGUGCCGUCGUCGAGGUCGCCGCCAACUACACCAAGAAGAAGCACGUGUUCCGUCUUAGACUGAGUAGCGGCGCGGAGUUCCUGCUGCAGGCGCACGACGAGGCGGAGAUGUCGUGGUGGCUGGACGGGCUGCGCCUGCGCGCCGCCGCGCCCGCGCCGCGCUCCCACACGCUGCCCGCGCCGCACAACGCCGAGCCCAAGCGACGCUCCUUCUUCACGCUCAAGAAAAAGUCAGUCACUCUCCUCUCCCAACUAUACGCACCCUAACAUCACACCUAAAGAGUUAGGAGCGUGGCGAGGCGGGCGCGUUUCCUCAGCUGGGCGGCGCCCCGCGGCCGGAGGGCCGGGAGGGCGCCGCGCAUUUCUCACGACGCUUGCAGCUGUAAGCUUUGCUACUGACGAAAUGUGUCGACUCGCGGCACUAUCCAUCGUCGACCGUUCAAUGUUAUUAUUAUUAAUAUUAUUUUUUGUUGCGUACGAAACGUUAUUUGAGACUGUUCGGUAUCUGAGUGUUCGAUCGUUCGCCCUCGUAAACCGUAUUUAUUGUUCGAUAUUCGUAUCGAAGAUUGAAGAUAUUAUAGUAGAUUUUAUCCAGGUAUGUACGAUCCCACCCCUCGAAAGUGUAAUUGUUAUGAGAUGAAACGAUUAUGAUUAAAUGAAAUAAAUACAUAUUAUUAUUAUUAUAAAAUUCUAAAUGCGUCGCUAUUUAUACAUAGAUUUUAGUGUUUAAAUUCAGAUUGAGAAUAUAUAUAUUUUACUUAUUUAUAUUUAAAAGAAUAUGGAGCUAGUGUAAUGUAAAUUCAGUUGAACUAGAAAUGUAUGUCGUGCGAUUUAUUAAAGAUUCAAUUAAAAAUGAUAAAAGUUUUUAACUAUUAUUGACCAAUGUAAAACCAAUUGACGGAAUUUGACUAUCGCAUUUGAUAAUGUUUAACUUAGCUAAGACGGAUGAUUGUAACCGCAUUUACAUUCAAUGACGAUUUCCCAGUGGAUUGACGUUAUAUAAUUACAUCGUCAGCUUUGCUUCGUCGGAGCAUUGCGCGAUAACAUAACGUAAGCUACAUACAUAAAUUGUAUUAGAUGUAAUUUGAUUAUAAAGUGUCUUCUCCCGGGGCGAGGUCGCCGCGGCCCGCCAGCUGAAGCCGCAUUUAAUAAUAAUUAUCACAUUUCUUGUUAGUCUCCCGUCGCUAGCGGCGGGCGAGUAGAGAAUAGUAUAGAGUACUGCGUAGCUCGGCGGGCGGCGGCGCUCUGCCCCUUUAGUAUCCAACUUGUAAGUAUGCUUGAUCGCCUCAUAAGUGCUUCUAUAAAAUGACGUAUUUCUAUUAAAGAUUCAUUUUGUAAUAAUUAUUUUUACUGCCAAUUUUCACAAAUUGUUAAUUUUUAUAAGUAAUAUAACAAAAUUUCACAUUUCAUAAUAUAACGUACACACAUUUUUAGUUCUAAUCGUGUUAUGGUUAUUGUAUAUUUGGCGAGUGUGGCGGUGGCGAUGCCGUGUGUCGCCCUCUACUGCCACACUGAUCACUGCAUGUUUCGUAAACCUAUGUUUAUACUUAUUUUAUUUUAAAGAACUUCUUUAUUGAUGAGAAUAUAAAAUAAAUGAUGUUUUCAAAUAAUU